UCUUCUUAUCACUCUCACCCGACACAGCGGCAACACCUUGAUUAAGAUACAAUUUUAGCAAUAUUCCACGACUUAGUGUCACAAAGAAAGUCAGGGACAAAUGUUGGGUCUUUGGUUUCUCGUUUUAGCGUGUCUAACUUCAGGUGUCUUGGGCGAUAUAGAUUCUCCAGGAUGUGGGAUCAAUGAUGUCGGUUUUGAUUACACCACUCUCCCACAGGCAGUCAGGAAACGCAUUGUUGGUGGACAAAUCGCAACACCACAUUCGUUUCCAUGGAUGGUCGCGCUUGAAUAUCGGGGGGUCUUUGCCUGUGCUGGAUCCCUUCUGAAGGGUUCAUCAAAAAGAUGGUUUAUCCUCACCGCAGCCCACUGCCUUCAUGGAACAGUCGUCACAGAUUGGAAGAUUCGUCUUGGUGCACACGAUCUGUCGACAAGUGAACAAUCCACUGAGUUCAUUGACGUCAAGACUGUGAUGAGCCAUCCUUUAUUCAAGCCUACCACACUAGAGCAUGACAGUGGUUUGAUGGAACUGGCUAGAGCACCAAGGAUAGGCAGGUCGGAAAUCAACUUUGGUUGCGUUUCUGGCAAUGAAACUGUUGCAGGAGAAAUUUGUUAUGUUAUCGGAUGGGGUACAACAUCAGAAGAAAGCGCUCCGUCAGAUAUGCUGCAGGUUGUGGAGAAGCCCGUAAUGUCCAAGGCCGCUUGUAGAAAUAUAUAUGGCUCAAACGACUUCCACGAAUCUUCCAUGAUCUGUGCAGGCUUCCCCGAAGGAGGGAAAGACCCGUGUAAAAAUGACAGCGGUGGGCCUUUGAUGUGUUAUCGCAAUGGCCGUAUGGAAAUAAUUGGAACCGUCAGCUGGGGCUUUGGCUGUGGUCAACCGAACUCUCCAGCUGUAUAUGCAAGUGCAACGAGCGCCAGACAAUGGAUUGUAGCUACGAUUAAUGCUUAAAAGGCCUAGCUGAGACCAAUACAUGAGCAACUUCAAUACAGGCUUUCAAAAACUUCGUCACAGUUUGCUUUCACCAUGUGUGUAGAAGAACAAUAAAAGCGACAAAACCCUU